AUGGCAAAAGCUAUACCGAGAACCGGUUCGCGUAGGAAUGUACGUAUUGGUUCACGUAAGAGUGCACGUAGAAUCCCAAAGGGAGUUAUUCAUGUUCAAGCAAGUUUCAAUAACACAAUUGUAACGGUUACAGAUGUACGGGGUCGGGUAGUCUCCUGGUCCUCGGCCGGUACUUGUGGAUUGAAGGGUACGAGAAGAGGGACACCCUUUGCCGCCCAAACAGCGGCAGCAAAUGCUAUUCGUACAGUAGUCGAUCAAGGUAUGCAACGAGCAGAAGUCAUGAUAAAAGGCCCCGGUCUCGGAAGAGACGCGGCAUUACGAGCUAUUUGUCGAAGUGGUAUACUAUUAACUUUUAUACGAGAUGUAACCCCUAUGCCACAUAAUGGCUGUAGACCCCCGAAAAAAAGACGUGUGUAG